GAGUAUAUAAUAGGGAGAGAACCCUAGUGUUUGGUUUAUAUACAGUGUGUGUUUCAUUUGUGUGUGUUAUCAUUUUGCCACAGAGUUGUGCGAGAGUUGGGGACUGUGUUCUGGAGAAAGGAAGUGAUUUUCAUGCGUUCUGGUAGGUGUGAUUCUAAUAAUCCCCACUUUUGGAUUUGGGGACUUUCUCCAAGACAAGACAUACUGUACUCUACGACUGGAUCAAUAAUACACACUCCCCCCCCCCCCCCCCUCCUAGCAUGCAGAGCUAGAGACCGGCUACCAGCGCUGAUGAAUAUUCAGUAGAUAAUGGUUGACGUCAUUAGGCACGUGGUCUACCAUCUGCAACCUGGACAGUGGAAGCUGCAAACUUUAGACAGUCGUGUUUGUGAACGAAAAUCCUGAUUCUUAUAUUCGACGUUAGUGUUCGUAAAAGGGAUGCAAGUUUCUUCUGCAAAUAAUGUCAAGGUUUACAACCUAAGCACUGGUAAAAGCUUACCAGAGUGGCUGUCUGAUAGGAAGAAAAGAGCACUACAAAAGUCUGACCAUGAUGUUCAAAAGCGGAUCCAACUCAUCCAAGACUUUGAGAUGCCCACAGUCAGUGGGUGUGUUCAAGUUUCUCCCGAUGGACAGUAUAUUUUGGCCACAGGCACGUACAAGCCAAGAUUCCGGUGCUAUGAUGUGAACCACCUUUCCAUGAAGUUUGAAAGAUGCAUGGAUUCAGAAGUUGUCAAGUUUCAUGUGCUCUCCGAGGACUAUUCAAAGCUUGUAUUCCUGCAAUGUGAUCGCUACGUGGAGUUCCAUGCCAAAUAUGGCCGCUACCAUCGGCUCAGGAUCCCCAAAUUCGGACGGGACCUUGCCUACCACAAAGCAUCCUGCGACCUCUUCCUUGUUGGUGUAAGUCCUGAAAUUUAUCGAAUUAACCUGGAACAAGGUCGUUUCCUGAGUCCGUUUGUUGCUGAUUCAGUGGCCAUCAAUACCUGUUCAGUCAACCCUGUUCAUCAGCUGCUGGCUGCGGGGACCAUCGAGGGACGGGUGGAGUGCUGGGAUCCGAGGACGAGACGGAAAGCAGGGGUUCUUGACUGCGCUUUGAGCAGCAUUACAUCCCAGACACAGGUAAAAGGAGUACCCGCUGUCACAUCAUUAGCUUUCAACGGUGCAAUGAGAAUGGCUGUGGGAACAUCAACAGGACAGAUACUGUUGUAUGAUAUCCGUUCCAACAAACCCACAUUGGUCAAAGAUCACAGGAAUGGUCUUGCUAUCCGUAGCCUGGAGUUCAGCCCAGCAACAGAGAUGGUUGUAUCCUCGGACAGCAGAGCUGUUAAGAUAUGGAACCAGUCAGAUGGUAAACCAUAUGUGACGGUAGAGGCUGAACAUGAUUUCAACGAUGUGUGCCUGGUUCCGAACUCAGGGCUUAUGCUGAUGGCUUGUGAAGCUCCAAAGCUACUUUCCUACUUUAUACCGGGUCUUGGACAGGCUCCCAAAUGGUGUUCCUUCUUGGACAGUUUGACAGAGGAACUGGAGGAGAACCCAGCAUCGACCGUCUACGAUGAUUAUAAGUUCGUCACAAAGACAGAGCUUGAGAGCCUAGGUUUGAGCCAUCUAAUCGGCACGUCCCUGCUUCGAGCUUACAUGCAUGGCUACUUCAUAGACAUCAGGCUUUAUCACAAGGCUAAAUCUAUUGCUGAUCCUUUCGCUUACCAGGAGUACAGGAAAAACAAGAUCAAAGAGAAGAUUGAGGAGCAGCGAACUAGCCGUGUCAAAGUCAAGAAACUGCCGUCAGUCAAUGCUGCCCUCGCGGAAAAACUCCAAGAAGAGCAACUGUCAGAGAAGGCCAAGAAAGCAAAGAAAGAGGGGGCGGCCAACAUCUUGUCCGAUGAUCGUUUCUCGGCGCUCUUCAAGAAUCCAGACUACCAGGUUGACGAGCAGAGUGAGGAAUUUAGGCUGGUCCAACCUUUGGUCAACAAGCAAUCCAAGAAGAGAGAGAAGCCGGCGAUUGUGGAACAGUUUGAGGAACUAGAUCCACAGGAUGAAGAAAUGGAAGGACACGCGAGCAGCGAUGGAGACAGCAGCUCCGAUGAGGACGAUAGGUCAUGGCAGGAGGAGCUUCGGAGGGAACACUUCGCUCUCCGCCAGGAGAAGAAGAUGAAAAGAGAAGCAGCACGGGACAGUCAGACGUCGGGACCAAAAUUCUACGAGCUGAAAUCAGGGGAGGAGUUCAGCAUGGCAUCGAAGAAAACGGACGGAGCAAUGAAGAGAUUAAAGACAGCCAGCCUGGCAGAGAGGGUAGAAAAAGAAGCAGACUUUUUGAGGAAAUCAUCAUCAUCUUUGGGAAAUCAACAAAUCAGCUUCAAGUCUGUCAAGAAUGAAAAGAACAGGAAGCGCCGGGAAGCCGCCGCCGAGCACCAUAAAGAGAGGAGAAAACUCCGUCGGUCAGCUGGCAAUCUCUCAAAGAAAAAGCACCAUCGGACGGCCACGUCAUGACGUCACUAGGACUUUUUUAUCCCUCAGAAGCUGCUCGAACGUUUCACUUGGUGACCUGCCCAAAAUAGGCAAGAGGAAAUGUCACCAUGAUCCUGCUGCGUACGGCUGUAGAUCUGUAUGACAUCAUGAAAUUGAGGGGGAAAUGAGAUCAGCAAAUUGGCAACUUCUCUUGCAGGUUGACUUCAUUUUCAUGUCGGCAAACAGGGGUGUGAUCCAUAACCCAUUUGCUACUGGAACUGGGUGAUCCCUGUACAAAGCCUAUUGGAAUUACAGGAUUCGGUAGUCGACAGGUUAACCCAUUGCCUACUGGAACCAUGUGAUCCCUGUACAAAGCCUAUUGGAAUUAGAGGAUUUGGUAGUCAGUGGGUCCAAAGAAGAAAGAAGCUUGCUGGUUACUACUCUCUGUUGGCUUUCAAGUGCUCGUUUUUUCCUCCCAGAUUCGCAACUGAAGGGACUCGGUUGAAAAGCCUGGUAGCAUUCAUGCAUAUUUUACUGUGGAGAAUGCAAAAUUCUGGUUUUAGCCCUGUUGAUGGCCCAACACUCAUGGCAAUCGUCCUCCCCCCCCCCCCCUCCCAAUGAUUUGGCGCAUCCUCCAUCCUUAACCCAAUAUUCCUAUUUUCAUCCUCAACUUGCUUCUUCCAGGUCUUCUUCAGUGCCCCCCCCCCACCCUCUCCUCGAACCAUCCCCCUUGAACCCAAGCGACCUUCUAAAAGUGAAAUACUUGGGAAAAUAAAACAUCUUGACAAGUGAAUAUGUCAGAAUUGCAAUAGUCAGGAUCAGUUUGAGGCGGAGGAGAUAUCGUUUUUAUUGAAUUUCCCAUGAUUGUCUAAUUGACGCAAAAUUUGCACUAAUGUUUAAUCAGGCACAAGCAGUCUUGCUUCAUGUAUGGAAAGGGGGAGGGGUCAAUAUAACAGUUUGAUGUUAUUCUCUAUUUAAUUAUGCAAAACAUAUGCAUGUAAUUUCAAUUCAAUUGUUAUUCCCCUCUAAUUUGAUGUAUUUAAUCAAUUCAUAAUAUUCCACAAGUUUAGGAAAGAACUCCAUGAGAGUAGUAUACAAGUUAUCAAACAUCGUUUUUGUUGUUGCUAUAUUUAAGUUUUAAUGUUUUGUAUUGUUUCUUAUUCUGAUAUGUUUUAUUCUUUAAUGACUGAAAUGGUUCUAGAAUUCAGUUUUGGUUAACUUUUGAAAGCAAAAAGUGAUUCAAGUGCCUUAGGAUAUGAAAUUAGCUCCAUUGUAGCAAUAUAUGAAAACAGGUGGGAGUUUCAUAAAGCUGUUCGUAAAGUUACGCACGACUUUACGCACGACUGCAACAUGUUCUUAGGUCAUAACUCAAUUACAUGUAUAUAGAUAUCACAGCACAAGGGAUCACCAGUCGUGCGUAAAGUCAUUCGUAUCUUACAAACAGCUUUAUGAAACACCCACCUGGUUAUGUUCCAUUCAUUUGUAUACUAAAAUCCUUCACAAAGUUAUGUAUGUGUUUUUUUUGUAAACUAAAAUUGAAUCGCAAAAUGUUCCUUUGCUUUGUGAGACUUUUCCAAUUUUUUUAAAACUUGAAUCUCAAAAUGCACGGACUUAUUUUGGGACAAAAAAUUGUAUAGCAUCAGGGAUAGUUCCAGAAAAUUUUAUUUCUCUCCCCCCACCCCCCCCCCCUCCAACCCUCUAGUUUUUAGUUUGUUUUUUUUAAUCCCAUUUGAAGUGCAGUCCAUAUGAAGCAACUAUCGUGUCUUGUAAAAAAAAAAUGGACAUGAUUUUAACUGUACAAAUACCUGUUGAAUAUCAUGAGAAAUUUGUUUACAUUAUAUGCAUAUAAAUGUACAUGUAAAAGGAAAAACAGAGUAAAUUAUUUUUCUUUAGGUUGAGUGCUGCCAUCUGCUGACAAAAUGAAGCAACUCUGUGAAAUGAGUUUCUUAGAAAAAGUGUCGUUGUUUUCUUGUGGAAACAUGUAGUUACUUGCUUUUGAAAACAUCUGUAUUUCAGAAAUUGAGGACUGCAACCCCAAUUCCCUCAACAUCAUGUAGAGCUGGCCUGAUAUGUAGAGCAUACAGAAAACAAAUUAAAGGUAAAAGAAAGUA